AUGGCAACUAAACGCAAAAUAGACACGUUAGGCACAGAUGACACAGAAGAACAAACUAGCAGUGAGGUCAAAACCAAAAGAGUAAAAGUUUCUUUAGAAUGUUCAUCAGGAUCAUUGACAACAGAAAACGUCGAGAAAAGCAAUCAAUCCUCAGAAAAAAAGGCAGAUCAAAACGAAAAACCUGUUAAUGAGAAGGAGGAGAAGGUUGCCAGAAAGGAUGACCAUGGUACUAUGAUUCCUAUUACCAUAAACAUUGGUAGGAACGAAACCAGCACUUACAAAUAUGUUGACACGAAAGAUAAGUUUAUUGAAGUCAUGAAAGAGCUCCAGGAAAAGAUAGAAAAUAAGCAAAUGAUAGCUGUUGAUUGCGAAGGAGUAGAUUUGUCAAGAUUUGGAUCAGUAACACUGGUUAAUAUUGGCACUCGAGAUUUAGUCUAUCUAAUCGAUAUUUUGAAAAUAGGGAACAGCGUAUUCGAUGAUGGUCUCCGUUCUAUACUCGAGGACAGUGGAAUAGAAAAACUGAUGUUCGACUGCCGAGAAGAUGCCGAUGCUUUAUUACAUAUUCACAAAGUCAAACUUAAUGGAGUACUAGACGUUCAAAUACUAGAGGUGAACAAUCGAAUACAUGUAUACAGAAAUGGAUAUACUAAGAUCAGAAGUCUUAAGCAUUGCCUAGAGUUAUUUGUGAAUGACAACACAUUAGUGAAUAUCAAGUUACAAGGACGGUCAAGUAUGAAUAUAUCGAGUAAUAUUUGGAAGAAAAGGCCACUGGACGAAAACAUGUUGAAAUAUGCAAGUGCUGAUAUUCUUGGUCUUUUCAAACUCUAUGACGCACUUCGUACUAGAAUGAGCCAUAGUGUCUGGAAAGCAGCAUCCAGUCGAUAUUGUGACACUACCCGUUCAAAAAACAGAACGUACCGUGAUGGCAGUGGAAUUUUACCAAAAGGCACAAUAUUAUAA